AUGUUUACAUGACGCGGCGUCCCAGCGUCGGUCGAUUCGUGAAUUGAUUGAUAUUGAUGGGUCGAUCGCGUGAUUUUGUGCUAUUUUGACAAAUUUAGCAUAAUCUCAAUCAUCAUGAAUAAUCUUGCGAGUUGUUCAACGCAAAGAGGCAGACCUCGCCGUAGAAGAGGCGGGCCUGGUUCAUACAACAAGGGGUUUUUCGACAGAUCAAUUAGGAUCGAUAAGCGGACUGCUAAACGUCACGCUCUUUGUGGAAUAUCCGACGAGAGCGAGAGCAGUGUAGACGAGCGGAUAUUGUCUGAUGAAGACGGAAUUUCUCAAGAAACGGUCAUGUCCAUGGAUACCUCAUUAACUUUGGACCCCGCCGCUGCACCGGAAGUCACGUUGGACACAGUCAACAAUACUCCGGGCAGUCAACAAAUCGAAGAUUCAGAAAACAGUGAUAUGGAGGAAUGGUACACUCCAUCAUGCAGUGAGUCAUCUGCAGAAGACAGUGACAAUGAUGAUUUUCAAAAUUAUCAUUUUGGCAAGUUUUUAAUGAAAGAUCUAGCCACAUUUUUGAUUGAUGGCAGCCAGCACACGUUAGGAUCUGCAUUAAUCAAAAUCUGUAAAAUAUUUAAAGACAACUAUUGUUCAAAAAAAUUGUUAGGGGAUCUAAUAGAAUUCAUUAGCGAAAUUCUGCCACCUGAUUCAAUAUUCCCCAAAUCAAAGCAUUUGUUUAUGAAAAUGAUGGAAGAUAUUUCUCCCAACAAUGAAAAACCGAAAGUGAAGUACUACUGUGGCAGCUGCCUAUUAGAUUACGGUGGUAAUGAUAAAAAUGAAUGUCCAUCCUGUAAAGAAAAGCGAUCAGCAAUUUAUCUCGAAAAUCAAAUUGAUAUUACAAUAAGAAAUAUGUUUGAAAAGAAGGGCCUUUCAAAAUUGAUAGAUGAUUAUAGCCAAUUUCGCAAAGAUAAACCUCCAAAUGUUAUAAGAGAUAUAGUUGAUUCUGAAUCCUAUUUAAAAGUAAAUAGAAGUUCUGAAUACGACCUUUGCCUUAUUCAGAACACCGAUGGAUUCCCAGUAGCUGGAAGUUCUAAGACCCAAAUCUGGCCAAAUUUCCUAAUUAUUUCAGAUAUCAACCCAAAUUUACGAUCAAAAUUCAUAAUAAUGCACAGUAUUUGGUACGCCCCUGUUAAGCCUGACAUGUCAGUAUUUUUAGAAGAAUUUGUAAAUAUCAUGGAAAAAUUUGGAAAAGAUGGGAUCGAAUGGACCCACCCUAUAACUAAAGAGAAAAUAAUUAGCAGAAUUUCUGUUAUAGCGUCAAGUGUAGAUGCUCAAGCAAGAGGGCCAAUGCAAAAUUUGAAUAUGUACAAUGGAGCUCAUGGCUGCAGUUUUUGUGAAAUUCCUGGAGAACGUAUUGAAGUUGGCAUUGGGCAAGCCAGAAUUUAUCCAUUCAGGACUCAGUCAUACCCUGCUAGGUCUUCCAUUUCCAUGUUAAGAAAUGCAAACGAACUUAUGAAAAUCAAAGAUUCAGAAAAACAUUUGCCUAAUGACGAAAAAACAAACCAUAGGAAAGGUGUUAAGGGAUAUUCUUGCAUGGGUUUGUUAGAAAAUUUUGAUUUGUCGAAAAGUUUUUCGCCAGACUAUUUACAUUCAUGUCUAUUGGGAGUUGUUAAACGCCAUAUUUACACCAUUACUGAUUCUAAAAAUAGAAACAACGAUUUUUACAUCGGAAAUUUUGUGGAAGUGAUAGACAAAAAAAUUAAGUCACUGUGUCCUCCUAAUUUUGUUAAGAGAUUACCGAGAAGCCUUGAGCUUAAGAAAUAUUGGAAAGCUAGUGAGCUUCGAAAUUGGCUCCUCUUCUUUUCGUUGCCGUGUUUGCAACUUUUUUGGCCUGAUCGAUAUUUAAAUCAUCAUUCAUUAUUAGUUUUUGCAAUUCAUACUCUACUCAAAAAUGAAAUAACCACUGACGAAAUUUGUGAUGCUAAAAGGGCUCUUAAAGAAUAUUGUAGAGAUUAUGCCUCCAUGUACAGAACUUGCGACCAGACAUUUAAUUUGCAUGUUCUACUUCAUUACGCAGAUAAGGUUAAAUACCUUGGUCCGCUCUGGAGCCACUCAACUUUUAUAUUUGAGUCGGCAAACUUCCGGUUAGGACAAGUAAUUCAUGGAACUGGUACAAAAGUAGCCAUUGAAAUUUCAAACACUAUGCGGAUACACAACUUUUUAAAUAUAUUGACUUACUUGGCAAAUGUUGACAACAGCUCAAGCAAACACUUAGAAAUUGAUUCAUUGGGUUCAGCACUUUCUCUUAAUACAAUUAGCUCCUGCAUUGUCGAAUAUGCAAGAACAAUUACACUUUUUGACGAUAAUCUGCCCUAUGAAUUGAAUUUUUAUCUUCGAGCUAAGAGGGGAAAUGCCAUAUUUACAUCUGAAAUGUACUUGAGGGCUGAAAGAACUUGCUCUUUCUUUGUUUUAUAUGAUAAUAAUGGACAAAAAAUUCCUGCUAAAAUAUUAUGCUUUGCAAAAUCAAGGGAUCGUGUCAUAUUUAUUGGGCAUAAAAUAGAUUUUCAGCUGCCUAGAUUUGGAAACAGCGAGGAAAACCUUGCAAUAAAACAUAUUGUGCCGUACACAGAUUCGGGUGUCCUAAUUUGGAGCUAUGUAAGCAGAAUCUAUUGUCAUUUGAUUAAAGUUGAGGAAUUUCUGUGUGUACCACCAAAUGUCUGUGAAAUUAAUUUAUAGCCAGAUAAAUUACUGAGCAAAGAUUAAAUUUUUCCAAUUUAAAAUUAUGUUGUGAUGAAGUGCAACAGAUGCCUGUCUUGUGAUAAAUCAUUAAUUAAUUACCCAUUUUACAUAUUUUUAAUUGUUUCAAAAUAAUUUUUUAGGUCCAAAAAUCAGUCUAUUUGAUUCCAUGUUGGCCUGCUAUUUUAAAUUCAAUACAUUAAAAAUUACGUUUUAUUGCGUUUUAUCAUAUAUUACCAUAACCUAAGUGGUAUUUUAUAAUUAUAUUUUCUGAUGUUGAAUACUCAAUAAAUCUUUAAAUUACAAAUAUUUCAAAUUGUAU